GGAGGGGCCGCCAAGAGCGACCUUGCCCCGGCGAGUCGGUCGGCAACUCCAGUGUGCUCCGCUCAACCCCCAACAGCCGCUCAGCAACAGGAUCCGGGAGCGGCUUUCCCUGGCGGAAGUUGUGGAUGAGCAGGAACGCUGACAUCAGAGGAUGAGCCCCGAAGUGCGAAAAGUGGCGGGGAUCCGACUCACUGUGCUCCCACAGCUCAAGCUCGUGUGCGUGAUUUUGGCCUACAGCGGCGCGCAAACGCGUUACAUAUGGUGUUAUUGGCGUUUCCGCUGGACUCGCGUUCCCCGGGUACGCGGGAUUCGGCAGGCGGGCUACAUCCUCUGCAAGCUGGUCCAGAUCGACGCCGGCAUUCAGCGCUGUCCGUUCCGGGGAUCAGUGCUCCGGAUCAGAGCGCGCGCAGCAGGAGACGCACCG